UUACGCCAAUACGCCAUUGGCAAUUGGGAUGAAUAAAUAAUAACUCUAACUUUAAAGUUAAUUUUAUAUUAACUAUACCUAUUGUAUUCCUUGUAAUAAUCACCAGUUUGUACUAAAGUCUAAGUUUAUAAAUUCUAACUUCUUUUUGCAAUGUCUCAAGAAAAAGUAAUUGAAAAACCUCUGCAACAGUUUGUUGUACAAGCUCAAAAAUUAGAAGGUGACAGCUUAGUGGAAGUUAUUAAACAAGCGUUGGAUUGUGUUGACACAUUUGUGUUUGCAGAACUCUUAGAAUGCCCCAACGUUAUUGCACUGGAGACCACACCUCAUGCACCAUACCUACAUGCAUUACGUAUGUUUUCACAAGGUACGUAUUUGGAUUAUUUGGACAAAAAAGAAUAUUUGCCAGAACUCAGUGAACCCCAGAUGAAAAAACUGCAAUACUUAACAAUUGUUACAUUAGCCAAUAAAAUGAAAAGAAUACCCUAUGAUGUUCUUUUGAAAGAGUUGAAUGUUGAUAAUGUCAGGGACUUGGAGGACCUAAUCAUUGAAGCGAUCUAUUCUAACGUGGUUUCUGGCGAACUUGACCAACAGAGUGAUUAUCUGGAAGUAGAUUGGACAGUUGGCAGGGACGUUGGAUCUAACGAUAUUGACAACAUGAUAGACACAUUACAGCAGUGGUGUGAUUCAUGUGAGAAUGUUCUUUCUACAGUUCAAGCUCGUAUUGUUGAUGCUAAUCGAACUAAACAAGAUGUACUGAAACACCGUGCUGCUGUCGACAAUGAAGUUGCUAGCGUGAAAAAAGCAAUUAGAACCCAAAUACAAGAUGAAGAAAUGUCAGUGGAUACUAGCGGUCCUACAAAAAAAAGUGUUAAAGGAAUAAAACCUAGCGGAGCUAAAUUUUGGAACAAGUAAA